AUGGCGCGGCUUCGCGCUCUCGGCUUGGCUGCUUUUGUGAUUCUCGUUCUGCUCUGCCAGAGUGGUAAGUCCACCUCCUCCCACCAUAAUACUCCCGCACUCGCUCUCACUGGCACUCUCCCUCGCCUCGCUCUUCUCCCGCAUUCCUUCCGCCUCGCUCUUCUCCCGCAUUCCUUCCGCCUCACUCUUCUCCCGCAUUCCUUCCGCCUCGCUAAAGCAUUCUCAUGUAUCGUGACGCAGCAACUGCACUUCAUGGAUUUGUUCCUUUCCUGCCAAGAAGCCUCUCGCUUCCUCCUUCCCCCUCUCCCUCUCUUCCUUUCAUCUCUCUUCCUCCCUUCUCUUCCCUUUCCUCACUCCAUUUUUUUUCUUAUCGUGUCCGCACCCUUCAGAAUCUGCUCUUUCAAGCCCCUCAACCUCUCUCUUCCCCCCCUCACCGCCCCACUCGCUCUCCCACCCUCGCACCCUCACCCCCGCACCACGGGCCCCCUGCCACCAUCCUCUAGUAUCUGCACCUCAGCAAACACAAACACUGACAUCACGCCGUUCUUCAAGUACUUGCUCUCGUCCUCCCUGCACCGCAUCCGCCCACAGCCGCCCCACAAGAGCCCUCUCAGUGUUUACCCCCCCACCACUGGGCCCCUCCCGGCAUCCUCUAGUAUCUGCACCUCAGCAAAGACGGACAUGAUGCCGUUCUUGAAGUACUUGCUCUCAUCCUGCACCACGUCCGCCCACGGCCGCCCCAGGAUAAAGGAAGGGGAGCAGGAGGGGGAAGGGAAGGUGGAAGGGCAAGGGGACGGGGAGAAAGCGACAGAGGUGCAUGCAAAGGUGCAGGUGCAUGCAAAGGUGCAGGUGCAUGCAAAGGUGCAGGUGAAUGCAAAGGUGCAGGUGAAUGUAAAGUUGCAGGUGAAUGCAAAGGUGCAGGUGAAUGCAAAGGUGCAGGUGAAUGCAAAGGUGCAGGUGCAUGCAAAGGUGCAGGUGAAUGCAAAGGUGCAGGUGAAUGCAAAGGUGCAGGUGCAUGCAAAGGUGCCGGUGAAUGCAAAGGUGCAGGUGCAUGCAAAGGUGCAGGUGCAUGCAAAGGUGCAGGUGCAUGCAAAGGUGCAGGUGCAUGCAAAGGUGCAGGUGAAUGCAAAGGUGCAGGUGCAUGCAAAGGUGCAGGUGCAUGCAAAGGUGCAGGUGAAUGCAAAGGUGCAGGUGAAUGCAAAGGUGCAGGUGAAUGCAAAGGUGCAGGUGAAUGCAAAGGUGCAGGUGAAUGCAAAGGUGCAGGUGCAUGCAAAGGUGCAGGUGAAUGCAAAGGUGCAGGUGCAAGCAAAGGUGCAGGUGCAUGCAAAGGUGCAGGUGAAUGCAAAGGUGCAGGUGAAUGCAAAGGUGCAGGUGCAUGCAAAGGUGCAGGUGCAUGCAAAGGUGCAGGUGCAUGCAAAGGUGCAGGUGCAUGCAAAGGUGCAGGUGAAUGCAAAGGUGCAGGUGCAUGCAAAGGUGCAGGUGCAUGCAAAGGUGCAGGUGCAUGCAAAGGUGCAGGUGAAUGCAAAGGUGCAGGUGCAUGCAAAGGUGCAGGUGCAUGCAAAGGUGCAGGUGAAUGCAAAGGUGCAGGUGAAUGCAAAGGUGCAGGUGCAUGCAAAGGUGCAGGUGCAUGCAAAGGUGCAGGUGCAUGCAAAGGUGCAGGUGCAUGCAAAGGUGCAGGUGCAUGCAAAGGUGCAGGUGAAUGCAAAGGUGCAGGUGCAUGCAAAGGUGCAGGUGCAUGCAAAGGUGCAGGUGAAGGCAAAGGUGCAGGUGAAUGCAAAGGUGCAGUUGCAUGCAAAGGUGCAGGUGCAUGCAAAGGUGCAGGUGCAUGCAAAGGUGCAGGUGCAUGCAAAGGUGCAGGUGAAUGCAAAGGUGCAGGUGCAUGCAAAGGUGCAGGUGCAUGCAAAGGUGCAGGUGCAUGCAAAGGUGCAGGUGCAUGCAAAGGUGCAGGUGAAUGCAAAGAUGCAGGUGAAUGCAAAGGUGCAGGUGCAAGCAAAGGUGCAGGUGCAUGCAAAGGUGCAGGUGAAUGCAAAGGUGCAGGUGAAUGCAAAGGUGCAGGUGCAUGCAAAGGUGCAGGUGCAUGCAAAGGUGCAGGUGCAUGCAAAGGUGCAGGUGCAUGCAAAGGUGCAGGUGAAUGCAAAGGUGCAGGUGCAUGCAAAGGUGCAGGUGCAUGCAAAGGUGCAGGUGCAUGCAAAGGUGCAGGUGCAUGCAAAGGUGCAGGUGCAUGCAAAGGUGCAGGUGAAUGCAAAGGUGCAGGUGCAUGCAAAGGUGCAGGUGCAUGCAAAGGUGCAGGUGAAUGCAAAGGUGCAGGUGAAUGCAAAGGUGCAGGUGCAUGCAAAGGUGCAGGUGCAUGCAAAGGUGCAGGUGCAUGCAAAGGUGCAGGUGCAUGCAAAGGUGCAGGUGCAUGCAAAGGUGCAGGUGCAUGCAAAGGUGCAGGUGCAUGCAAAGGUGCAGGUGCAUGCAAAGGUGCAGGUGCAUGCAAAGGUGCAGGUGCAUGCAAAGGUGCAGGUGCAUGCAAAGGUGCAGGUGCAUGCAAAGGUGCAGGUGCAUGCAAAGGUGCAGGUGAAUGCAAAGAUGCAGGUGAAUGCAAAGGUGCAGGUGCAAGCAAAGGUGCAGGUGCAUGCGAAGGUGCAGGUGAAUGCAAAGGUGCAGGUGAAUGCAAAGGUGCAGGUGCAUGCAAAGGUGCAGGUGCAUGCAAAGGUGCAGGUGCAUGCAAAGGUGCAGGUGCAUGCAAAGGUGCAGGUGAAUGCAAAGGUGCAGGUGCAUGCAAAGGUGCAGGUGCAUGCAAAGGUGCAGGUGCAUGCAAAGGUGCAGGUGCAUGCAAAGGUGCAGGUGCAUGCAAAGGUGCAGGUGAAUGCAAAGGUGCAGGUGCAUGCAAAGGUGCAGGUGCAUGCAAAGGUGCAGGUGAAUGCAAAGGUGCAGGUGAAUGCAAAGGUGCAGGUGCAUGCAAAGGUGCAGGUGCAUGCAAAGGUGCAGGUGCAUGCAAAGGUGCAGGUGCAUGCAAAGGUGCAGGUGCAUGCAAAGGUGCAGGUGAAUGCAAAGGUGCAGGUCCAUGCAAAGGUGCAGGUGCAUGCAAAGGUGCAGGUGAAUGCAAAGGUGCAGGUGAAUGCAAAGGUGCAGGUGCAUGCAAAGGUGCAGGUGCAUGCAAAGGUGCAGGUGCAUGCAAAGGUGCAGGUGAAUGCAAAGGUGCAGGUGAAUGCAAAGGUGCAGGUGAAUGCAAAGGUGCAGGUGAAUGCAAAGGUGCAGGUGCAUGCAAAGGUGCAGGUGCAUGCAAAGGUGCAGGUGAAUGCAAAGGUGCAGGUGAAUGCAAAGGUGCAGGUGCAUGCAAAGGUGCAGGUGCAUGCAAAGGUGCAGGUGCAUGCAAAGGUGCAGGUGCAUGCAAAGGUGCAGGUGCAUGCAAAGGUGCAGGUGAAUGCAAAGAUGCAGGUGAAUGCAAAGGUGCAGGUGCAAGCAAAGGUGCAGGUGCAUGCGAAGGUGCAGGUGAAUGCAAAGGUGCAGGUGAAUGCAAAGGUGCAGGUGCAUGCAAAGGUGCAGGUGCAUGCAAAGGUGCAGGUGAAUGCAAAGGUGCAGGUGAAUGCAAAGGUGCAGGUGCAUGCAAAGGUGCAGGUGAAUGCAAAGGUGCAGGUGAAUGCAAAGGUGCAGGUGCAUGCAAAGGUGCAGGUGCAUGCAAAGGUGCAGGUGAAUGCAAAGGUGCAGGUGCAAGCAAAGGUGCAGGUGCAUGCAAAGGUGCAGGUGAAUGCAAAGGUGCAGGUGAAUGCAAAGGUGCAGGUGCAUGCAAAGGUGCAGGUGCAUGCAAAGGUGCAGGUGCAUGCAAAGGUGCAGGUGCAUGCAAAGGUGCAGGUGCAUGCAAAGGUGCAGGUGCAUGCAAAGGUGCAGGUGAAUGCAAAGGUGCAGGUGCAUGCAAAGGUGCAGGUGCAUGCAAAGGUGCAGGUGAAUGCAAAGGUGCAGGUGAAUGCAAAGGUGCAGGUGCAUGCAAAGGUGCAGGUGCAUGCAAAGGUGCAGGUGCAUGCAAAGGUGCAGGUGCAUGCAAAGGUGCAGGUGCAUGUCCAAAGACCCCCAUUUCAGAUGCUACCCUGGAGUAGAGUGCCUGCACCAUCAUUCCCCUCCCUGCACCAUCAUCCCCCUCCCUGCACCAUCAUCCCCCUCCCUGCACCAUCAUCCCCCUCCCUGCACCAUCAUCCCCCUUCCUGCAGUGGUCUGAAGUUGGAGUGA